UGCAGUUAUAAUUCAACUAAGAUGGCUAUUUCAAGGCUUGUUUUACUUUCCCAAAAGAUAAUUAAGCCCUCUUCUCCUACCCCAUUUUCACAUAGAAUUCACAAGCUCUCUCUUAUGGAUCAAAUGGGGACUCGCACCUAUAUGCCGAUUUCUUUCUUCUACCCAAAACAAGACACUGCAAUCUCUCUUGAACCGACUAAGGUCUCCCAAAUUCUUGAGAAGUCGCUUUCCAAAGUUUUAACCGCAUAUUAUCCAUUUGCUGGACGUGUACGCGACAAUUCCUUUGUCGAAUGUAAUGACAUGGGAGUCGAUCUCUCUCAAGUCCGAAUUGAUUGUCCAAUGUCAAGUAUUUUCAAUCAACCUCGUACUGAUAUCGAAAAGUUAAUAUUUCCUAAAGAUCCUUGGAGCACAUCUACGGACAGUUUAAUCGUAGCUCAACUUAAUCAUUUUGAAUGUGGUGGCAUAGUACUAAGUGCAUGUAUUUCCCACAACGUUGCUGAUGGUUACAGUAUGACUAAUUUCCUAAGGAACUGGGCCCUUGUCGCGCGUGAUUCAGAAGCAAAACCAUCUCCCCUGUUUAAUGGAGCAUCAAUUUUUCAACCGACCAACUAUUCUGCACCACAAGUGGCUGAUCCUAGUCGAAAACAAAAUGCAUCGAAAAGGUACCAUUUCUCGGCCUCCAAGUUAAAAGCUCUCAAGGCCAGAAGCCAAAUUCCUCCUACAACUGUGGAAGCUGUCACUGCAUUCCUAUGCAAAUGCGCUAAUACGCCAACUUUUAAGCCAUCGUUAUUGAUCCAAGCAGUAAAUCUACGAGGAACAAGUAAUGAUGCACUAGUUCCAGCAGGCUUGGUAGGAAAUGCAAUUCUUCCUUACGUUGUAUCAGCAGCAAAUGAGGAAGAUCUGAAUUUGCAAAGACUAAUUGGUGAGCUUAGAGAAGGAAAAGAAAAGGUCCAUAAUAUGCUCAAAUAUAUUAAAUCAGAAGAGUUACUAUGUUCAAGGGUAUCUGAACUAGCUACACAGAUAAACGAGCAAACCUCGAACAAUGAUUUUUCUAUAUAUAGGUUUUCUAGUUUAAGGAAAUUCCCGUUUGAUGACAUAAAUUUUGGAUGGGGAAGGCCAACAAGAGUGGAUAUUGCUACUUUUCCAGUCAAUAUGUUUCUCUUUCUGGAUAACCAAAAUGGGGAUGGAGUUGAAGUACUCGUAAACUUGGAAGAAGGAGAGAUGUCUGUAUUUGAAAGUAAUGAAGAGCUUCUUCAGUUUGCUUCUCCAAGCUCAGGACUCUAGACAAUUUGAAGCCUUCAGAAAAAAGGGAAGAUUUCCUCUUUUUGUUUUUUAAAUUCUAUAUCUUCUUCCGAGUGCUAGGAGACUAGACAAACCUCCGUCUUCAUAUUAAUAACCAAGAUAUUAAUACAUUAUACACGAAGGAGGUAAACAUUUUACCUCCUCAAAUACUGUAUUAAAAUUGACCAAUCUUAGUCCUUAUGUCAUGGAACAUCAGUGAGCUAUGGCCCCAAAAAUAAGAACUUUUUUGUUCAAGUUUUACAUUGUGAUUUAAAUACAAAUUAACCUCUUCCUUUUUCUUA